GCACCCCGUGGGUCCCUCAGACUGGCUGCCGGAGAAAGAGAUAAACAAAGAGCCGGCGACUUUUCUGUUCGACAGYCCCCCGCUCCUCAGGCUCCUCGGGAACAUGGAAGCUGGUCUGAGUCAGGAAAAGGUAACCGCCUUUGCUAAGCGGCUGCGGUCCGAGCCAAGGUACCUGUUGGCCCAGAAUGUUUCCACCUGCAUCGACCCGUUGGAGGUUUGUCUGCACCGACAGACCGUCCAGGAUACUGUGCACAUCUUCCAGCACUCCAUCCCCACAGAGGGCAAGCCUAUCACUAACCAGAAAAACUCAGGGAGAUGUUGGAUCUUCUCGUGCCUCAACGUCAUGCGACUUCCCUUCAUGAAGAAGUUUAAUUUAGAGGAGUUUGAGUUUAGUCAGUCCUAUCUCUUUUUCUGGGACAAGAUCGAGCGUUGCUACUAUUUUCUCCAUGCCUGUGUGGAGACGGCACAGAGGAAAGAGCCAGUGGACGGGCGUCUGGUCCAGUUCCUUCUCACCAAUCCCACUAAUGAUGGAGGACAGUGGGACAUGCUGGUUAAUCUAAUCGAGAAGUACGGUGUCAUUCCAAAGAAAUGCUUCCCAGAGUCUCACAGCUCGGAGGCCUCGCGCAGAAUGAACGACAUCCUCAACCAUAAACUGAGAGAAUACUGCUUGAGACUGAGGAACAUGGUGGCCAGCGACUCUUCAAAAGCCGAACUCUCUGAAGCCAUCGACAGCAUGAUAGAGGAGGUGUUCCGCGUGGUCAGCGUUUGCCUGGGCAGCCCUCCUGAUACCAUCUGCUGGGAGUACAGGGACAAGGACAAGAACUUUCACCGUAUGGGACCUCUCACUCCCCAAGAGUUCUACAGGGAGCACGUCAAAGCCCUAUACAACAUACAGGACAAGAUCUGCCUCGUAAAUGACCCUCGACCAGAGAACACGUACGGGAAGCUGUACAGUGUGGAGUUCCUGAGUAACAUGGUCGAAGGUCGUAAAACUCUGUACAACAAUCAGCCCAUCCAGCUGCUCAAGAAGGCUGCAGCAGAUUCCAUCAAGGAAGGAGAGGCCGUGUGGUUUGGUUGUGACGUUGGAAAACAUUUCCACAGUAAGCUGGGCAUUAACGACAUGAAUGUGUUUAACCAUGAGCUUGUGUUUGGAGUGUCUGUAAAGAACCUUUCGAAGGCAGAGAGACUGAUAUAUGGGGACUCUCUCAUGACGCACGCUAUGAUCCUCACUGCUGUUACAGACAAGGAUGGGAAAGAAGGUUAUGAGAAGUGGAGGGUGGAAAACUCCUGGGGCGAUGAUCGUGGGAACAAAGGUUACCUCAUCAUGACGGACGACUGGUUCUCUGAGUAUGUGUACGAGGUGGUGGUAGACAAGAAGUUCCUUACCCCUGAUGUCCUGGAAGUGAUGCAACAAGAUCCUGUUGUACUUCCGGCCUGGGAUCCAAUGGGAUCAUUGGCAAAUCCCUAGUUUAUUCCCUACCUAAUUACCUCUGCCCUGUUCCUUGGCCACUUUUACCUCCAAUAUUUCCCUCACAACUCUUUACAGAAAAGCCUGUUCUCAUAGGAAAAUAAAAAAAAUUUUCUCUUUUUUUUACUGAG